AUGCUGCGCCUAGAUGAGGAGGUACUCGCGGCACUCGAGGGCUUUACGCUGUCUGCGGUCGAUAAGAGGAAUACCGACCUGACCCUCGAGGAGGAGGUUGCCGCCGCGCUUGAGGAGGAGGUUGCUGGGCGCUGCAUUGUCGCUCCUUUGGAGAGCACGUGCGCCACUCGGCGGGUGGCGAGGUGUGAGGAAGCGGUGGGGAGCGAGCCUCUUGCCGACGGAGCGCACCUCGCGCAACGGAUCGAUCAGCUGGAAACGGACCUAGGUGUGUCAGGCGAGGGAAGCCUGGAAGAGCGGCUCGGCGCCAUCGAGCGCUUGAUUGAGCUGGAUGUGCCGACUGCAGACAUCCAAGGCGAGGCGUGGCCGACAGCGCCGGCGACGCAGCAAGGCGGCGGUUUCGAAGGUGCCUUUCCUACGCGCCACCCCCUGAGCCGUGAUGGCGACGAGCCGCCGAUGCGGUAUGCGCGUGAGCAGAUUCUCAAAUUCGCCCGCAGUCGGCGCUCGCAUAUGGAGCUGCCAUCGUCGUUGAACAGCUCGGAGCGCUACUUGUUGCACGCAGCUGCUUCCGCUUUCAAUUCUGCUCAACGUUGGAAUUUUCCGUUCCAGGCGAGGACGCCGCCGACAACGUAG